AGUUGGGGGCUAUUGCUGUUGGGGAGUGUUGUUGCCAUAAGGAGGUUCACUUGAUGUGCAACAAAGGUGCCUGUGUAGGUGGUUUGUGUCAGAUGACAUGCCAGGAUUUUUCCCAGCAGAGCAUUGCAUUGCACCAAGAUGAUCAAAUUUAUUAACUUCACCUGUCAUUAAUGUUGUGGCUGACCGGUGUAUACUUUAAAGUGACGACUCAGCGGUUUUAAACAGUCUUUUAUCUGAUUCCAUAUAAGCACUCUGGUGUAAUGCGAGCUACUCUGCGCUGGGUGCUAUGGGAUGUGAAAGACACCCUGCUGAAGGUGCGCGCAUCUGUGGGACAGCAGUACUGCAAGGAGGCUGAACGCGCAGGCUUGAACCUCAGUCCUGUGGAGGUGGAAAAUGCUUUCGGCCAGGCAUAUCGACACUAUUCCAGCAGAUACCCAAACUAUGGCAUCAGUCAGGGCCUGGAUGGACGGUCCUGGUGGAUGGGGGUGGUGCGGGACACUUUCUCCCAGUGCAGGGUACAAGACCCAGCCUUGCUCGAUACAAUUGCUCACAACCUUUAUCAUAACUUCUGUAAUGCAGAGAACUGGGAGGUAUUUCCAGACUCAAAAAAGGCUCUGGAGAGUUGCUCUUCUCUAGGACUGAAGCUGGCUGUGGUAUCAAACUUUGAUAAGCGCCUAGAAGAGAUUUUGCGUGUUUGUGACCUGCUGUCUCACUUCAGCUUUUUGAUAACAUCAGAGGAAGCAGGUGUAGCGAAGCCGAAUGCAGCCAUCUUUGAUCAGGCACUGCAGAAAUGUGGAGUACCAGCUGCCAGCGUAGCUCAUAUCGGGGACCACUAUGUGAAAGAUUACCUCGCCUCUCGCUCUGUGGGCAUCCACGGGUUCCUGUUAGACAGACACAACAAGCACGACCAAUCCGACGUUCCUCGAGAGCAUCGGCUAAGCUCCCUGGAGGACUUGCCGCCACAGCUUCAGCAGCACAUAGACUAAUGCCAAACAGUCAUGUGCUCAGGUACAAAGCUACUCAGGCUAACUGUGGUUCAGUUAACAGACUCUUUUCUGGGAUGUAGCCAUGUUGACCUGAGUGGCCUCAACCACCUAAUAGCUCCAAUUAAAUGCUGCUAACAGACAUUUCUAGGAAAAAUCAUGGGUUGUAUUAUAAAAACUGUAUGUACAGUGUGUAAUUAUUAUGCACUUAUAUUGUGAAUAAAGUGGGAGCAAUAAAUACCAA